AAAGAUGAGGAAUGUUUCAAAUACAGAAAAGAAAUCAUUGAAAUAUGUCGAAACACGCCGGAGUUCGUAGUUGAGGAGAACUUCAGUGAUGAUGACAAAGAUCCAAUCGAUGGUCCAAUAGAUUCAGACCGGGAUAAAGAUAUUCCCAUAAAGUGUGAAGGAUUUAAAUUUCUUGUACAAUGUAAACUUAGAGGUGUGAACCGAAUUGGGUAUAAUGAUGUGGAACGAUUAUCCUCUGUCGUAAAAACUUACCAUGAGAACCGUUUAGGUGCGAUGGUUACAAACAAAGGGUAUCCCAAAAAUUCUACAAGCGUUUAUGUCAAACUGAUAAUUUUAUUACAAAAAUCCUUGAAAAAGUAA